GGAAGAAGUAAAGCAACAAACAGACAACAAAGCUAACGAGCGGUCUUCCUCAACGACUUUCCUUUGUGAAGGUAAAGGAUUAAGCUUCCCUUUCUGCUGGCGGCACCCUUUGCUCUUGAGGCUGUGGUAUGAGCCUAUGUGGCAGGAAGGCGCUGACGUUGCUGAGCAGCAUGUUCGCUGUUUGCGGCCUGGGCCUGUUGGGCAUCGCCGUAAGCACCGAUUACUGGCUCUACCUGGAGGAGGGCGUCAUCCUCCCACUUAACCAGAGCACCGAGAUUCGGAUGUCCCUCCACUCGGGCCUCUGGAGGGUUUGUUUCGUGGCUGGUGAGGAGAAAGGUCGCUGCUUUACCAUUGAGUAUGUGAUGCCCACGAAAGUCCAGAUGACUUCAGAGUCCACUGUUAGUGUCCUGAAGAUGAUCCGUUCAGCCACACCUUUCCCACUUGUCAGCCUCUUCUUCAUGUUCAUUGGUUUUGUCCUCAGCAACAUUGGCCACAUUCGACCACAUCGAACCAUUCUGGCCUUUGUUUCGGGCAUCUUCUCCAUCCUAUCAGGUCUGUCUCUGGUCGUUGGUCUGGUGUUGUACAUAUCCAACAUCAACGAUGAAAUGUUGAAUCGGACCAAAAGCAAUGAGGCCUACUUCAGCUACAAAUAUGGAUGGUCGUUUGCCUUUGCUGCUAUCUCCUUCCUCCUCACUGAGACCGCCGGUGUGAUGUCCGUUUACCUGUUUAUGAAGCGCUACACGGCUGAGGAGAUGUAUCGGCCUCACCAGGGCUUCUACCGACCCCGCCUCAGCAACUGCUCAGACUACUCGGGACAGUUCCUCCAUCCAGACGCGUGGGCCGGGCGUGGCCGCAGCCCCUCGUCUAUCUCCUCCGAGGCUUCCCUCCAAAUGAACUCCUCCAACUAUCCUGCCCUCCUCAAGUGUCCCGAGUACGAACAGAUGUCCUCCUCCCCGUGCUGAAUCAAAGAACCACCAGAGGUUAUUACAGCACUGGCAUAGUUCAAAUACUGUGCACUAUAUACUCACAAAAUGUAAGGUAUCCAUAUACUGGAAUUCAUGAAAAAAUCCUGAUCGUGUCUAAUAGGCUCAGUCACAGUUGUCUACAAACAUGGAUUUUAUUUAUCUGUAGAUUGCAGUUUUAUAGACAUGACUUUAGGCGAGAGGUGAGGUACACCCUGGACUUGUCUAAAGCCUAUCGCAGGCCACAUAUGAACCAACAACCAUUCAUGAUCCCAUUCACACAUACACACAAUUGUGAGUCUUUCACUGAAGCACAGGUAGAACACGCAAUUCACACAAGAAGUUCACACAAGAAGGCCAGAGCUGAGAUUUGAACCCAGAAUCUUAGAAUUGUCAGACAGAUGUGGUAAUCCACUUGUUAACUGUCAUGCAGUCAAAUUAGUCAUCUACAGUAAUCCCCCACUAUUUGCGUGGAUGGGGACCGAGCCCUUUCACAAACAGUGAGAAAACACAAAUAAUUGAUGCAUAAAUUUAACUCUUUACUAACUUACAGUCUCUCAGUGGAGAUGUGUCACUUUGAUAUGUUUGACACCAAUUUACUGUGGUGCUUUGCUAUUUAGACUGCCUGCAUCUUGUGGCAUCCUAGGAUGUGUUGGAAAGAAUGCAAAAUUGUGAAUAGUUGAAUUUUUCACUGAAUAUGUGGGGAUUACGAUUUUACUAUUAGCUGUUAGUGCAAUGAUACUUUGCACUAGGGAACGACCACAAACUAAAAUCGCAAAAAUAAACAUAUUGUUACAUUAAUAUCGCUCUGACAUCAAAAUCUGAUCAUUGUUAUCUUUGUAAAUGUGAAAUCUCUUGAUUUGGACGCCAUGCAAUUAUGGAAACGUGCCUAAUGUUGUGGGCAAACAUGUCGGUCGGUCAGCGUAAACUAUUACUGGUUAUCUCUAAUUUUUCAAAGAUAUGGUUAUACCGGAAGAAUUGAACCAGAAAGGGGCCAAGAAGCAUUUUGUGUGGUCAUGCAGACGUGCACUCAUGUCAUCGUGCCAAAAACAAGGUGAAUAAUUCACAAUGACUUUCAGCUAACAGCAAGAAAU